AUGCCGGGCAGCUCGCGGAUGCCCAUCAGCUUGCGGGCCAGCUUGGAGUCGGUGAAGAAGAGGAAGCCCAAGCUGACCCUGGAUAUGAUCAAUUUGGACCUGCUGCGCAACGUUGUGUUCAUCUACUUCGCCCUGCGAUGGAUUCGAAAGGGCUACUGGAAGCUCAAGGGCCGCGGCAUCAUUGGCGCCAUCCUCGAAUUGUACUAUAACACCCAACGCAUCGCAUACGGCAUCUUCCUCCGCGCCCCCGGUGUGCGCGGAAAGGUACAGAAGCAAGUCAAGGAGUCGCUCGACAAGCUCUCCGACAAGCUCAUCAAGGUGGACACGACGCGGCACCUGGUCCUCCCCAAGGAGGGCAUCCCCCAGGACGUGAUCCGCGUCGAACUGCAGGCGAUGGCCGACAUGGACCACACGAGAUGGGAGGACGGAUACGUCUCGGGUGCCGUCUACCACGGCGAGGACGAGCUGCUGAAGUUGCAGACGGAGGCGUACGGCAAGUUCACAGUUGCCAACCCGAUCCACCCGGAUGUCUUCCCGGGCGUGCGCAAGAUGGAGGCCGAGGUCGUCAGCAUGGUUCUCAACCUGUUCCAUGCGCCCCCGGGAGCGGCGGGUGUGUCGACAUCGGGAGGCACCGAGAGUAUUCUCAUGGCCUGCCUGGCAGCUCGACAGAAGGCGUACGUGGAGCGGGGAGUGACGGAGCCAGAGAUGAUUAUCCCUGAGACUGCACACACGGCGUUCCACAAAGCCAGCGAGUACUUCAAGAUCAAGCUGCAUCUGGUUGCGUGCCCAGCGCCAGCCUACCAAGUCGACGUCCGAGCUGUCUCGAGCCUAAUCAACAGCAACACAGUCCUGCUCGUUGGGUCGGCGCCCAACUUCCCCCACGGCAUCAUCGACGACAUCUCCGGCCUCUCCAGGCUUGCGCUGAGGAAGAAGCUCUGCCUGCACGUGGACUGCUGCCUUGGCUCUUUCCUCGUCCCCUUCCUUGAAAAAGCCGGCUUUGAGUCGGAAUCGUUCGACUUCCGCCUGAAGGGGGUCACGAGCAUCAGCUGCGACACCCACAAGUAUGGAUUCGCUCCCAAGGGCAACUCGACAGUUCUGUAUCGCACCUCGCAGCUCAGGACGUACCAGUAUUUCGUGUCACCAGACUGGUCAGGCGGUGUCUACGCCUCUCCCGGAAUUGCUGGUUCGCGACCCGGUGCUCUUAUCGCCGGUUGCUGGGCAAGUCUCAUGUCGGUCGGCGAGGCUGGUUACAUGGACGCCUGUGUCAAAAUCGUCGGGACCGCCAAGAAGAUUGCCGACGCUAUCCGCGACACACCGGCGUUGGGCAGCGAGCUGGAGAUUGUCGGCAAGCCCCUCGUGUCCGUCGUGUCCUUCACCGCUAGGAACCUAAACAUCUACGACAUCGCGGAUGCCAUGACAAACAAGGGCUGGCACUUGAACGCCCUGCAGAACCCACCGGCGAUCCACGUCGCAGUUACCAUGCCCAUUGUCAAGGUCUGGGAGAAGCUGGUGUCGGACCUGGAGAGUGUCGUCGAGGCCGAGAGGGAGAAGGAGCGCGUCCGCCUUGUAGAGGGCAAGGGGCCCAAGGGCAAGGCCAUGGGUGAUUCUGCGGCUCUGUACGGCGUUGCAGGUUCAUUGCCAAACAAGAGCGUUGUUGUGGACCUAGCCAACGGUUUCUUGGACAUCCUGUACAAGGCAUAA